AUGGCUGACAAAACCCAGGAAGACGGUGGUGUCCGUUUCCCCUUUCCCUUCCCGCCCUACUCCAUCCAGAAGGACUUCAUGGCUGAGCUGUACCAGGUGUUGGAGGCUGGAAAGAUUGGGAUAUUCAAGAGUCCCACUGGCAGGGGAAAGUCUUUGAGUCUCAUCUGUGGGGCCCUGACCUGGCUCCGAGACUUUGAGCAGAGGAAACAGCAGGAAGAGGCGCGCUGUCUCCUUGAACCUGGAGCCGGCCCGGUGCCUGAGGGGCAGGACCCGCGCCCUGCGGCCCCCAGCACCUCCAGCCCAGGAGGAGAGCCAGACUGGGUCACCCAGUUUGUACAGAGGAAGGAGGAAAGGGACCUGGCUGAGCGUGUGAGGGAGGAGCAGCUCAGGAGGAGGAAGCGAGAGGAGCGACUGCAGCAGACACGCCACAGUGCGCAGCUCAAGCACACAGCCCGGCGCCGGAGGCAGGAAGAAGAGGAGACCAAGGCCCUCCUCCGUCUCAGCCGGGAAGUGCUGGCUGAGGGGCCCGGGACGGAGCAGCUGGAGCAGCUGGAUCCCGGGGAGGAGGAGCUGGUGCUGGCAGAGUACGUGAGUGAUGAGGAGAGGAGGGCAGCCAGCAGGGUAGAUGAGGAGGAAGACCUGGAGGAGGAACACGUCAUGAAGGCUCUCAGGCCUCUGUUCACAGAGCAUUUGGGGCCGUCCGUGUCCCCCUUUGACUUUCCCUUCCUGUGCUCUGAGCAGAUUUACUACUGCAGCCAGACGCAUUACCAGCUGGCCCAGUUUGUGCAAGAAGUUCGGAAGAGCCCCUUUGGCAAGGAGACCUGGCUGGUGACCCUCGCUUCCCGGCAGACCCUGUGUGUGAAUGAAGAGGUGAGGAGCCUGGGCUCUGUGCAGCUGAUCAACGACCGCUGUGUGGAGAUGCAGAGACACCAGUAUGGUACGGAGCUGAAGACCAUCAACGAAUUCCUCUUCCAGAGCCAGGUGGACAGCAUCAACCUGUUUAAGAUACAGCGAUACUUUGAGAAGAGCAAGGUCAGCAGGAAGCUCUGUGGCUUCACAGAACGCUACGGCGCCGUCCUCCCACCACCCCGGGAGCAGUCGAGGCUCUCUGGGCUCCAGCACUUCCUGCAGAGCCUGCAGCCUGGGGUGACCGAGGCACCCGCUGCCCCCCUGGAGGAGGCCGAGGUCGGGGCAGUGCGGGCCGCCUCCCCACUGAUGCACAUUGAAGGCUUCCUCGCAGCCCUCACCACCGCCAGCCAGGACGGCAGGGUCAUCCUGAGCCGCCAAGGCAGCCUCAGCCAGAGCAGCCUCAAAUUCUUGCUGCUGAACCCAGCUGUGCACUUCGCCCAGGUGGUGAAGGAAUGCCGGGCAGUGGUCAUUGCAGGUGGCACCAUGCAGCCGGUUGACAUAACUGUUUCAUGA